AUGAACCUCUUCAUUGUUCUGGCAGUUUGUCUUUUAUGUUUGAUUUCCCUUUUUCUGUGGAAUCAAAAUUCUACCAAAGGAAAGUUGCCGCCUGGCCCCACGCCUUUUCCAAUUAUUGGAAAUAUUCUGCAGAUAGAUACCAAUAACAUCAACAAAUCCUUAAACAAGCUUGCAGAAGUCUAUGGCCCUGUGUUCACUGUGUAUUUUGGCAUGAAGCCCACGGUGGUGCUGCAUGGAUAUGAUGCAGUGAAGGAAGCCUUGAUUGAUCAUGGCGAGGUGUUUUCUGGCAGAGGAAGUUUCCCAGCGAUGGAGUACAUGUCCAGAGGCUUAGGAAUUGCUUUAAGCAAUGGAGAAGUGUGGAAGCAAACCCGACGUUUUGCUGUCACGGUUUUGAGGAAUAUGGGGAUGGGGAAGAGGACAAUUGAAGACAGAAUUCAAGAGGAGGCUUUGUGUCUGGUGGAAGCCAUAAAAAAAACCAAUGCAUCUCCCUGUGAUCCAACUUUUCUUUUGGGCUGUGCUCCCUGCAAUGUUAUCUGCUCCAUUAUUUUCCAGAAUCGUUAUGAGUACAGUGAUAAGAAAUUUCUAACUUUGAUGGAAUAUUUUAAUGAAAACCUGAAAAUUUUAAGUAGCUCCUGGAUACAGGAGAAACAUGAUAAGGCAUCUGAAUUUACUUUGGACAACUUGGUCACUACCAUAUGGGAAAUAUUUGGUGCUGGAACAGAGACAACAAGUACUACUUUGAGAUUCGGACUCCUACUUUUGCUGAAGUACCCAGAAGUCACAGCUAAAGCCCAGAAGGAGAUUGAGCGUGUCAUUGGCAAACAUCGGAGCCCCUGCAUGCAGGACAGGAGCAACAUGCCCUACAUGGAUGCAUUGGUGCACGAGGUCCAGAGAUUCAUAGACCUUGCUCCCACCAGCUUUCCUUAUUCUGUGACUCGGAAUAUUAAGUUCAGAGAGUAUAUUUUCCCAAAGGGCACAGAGAUAAUAACAUCUCUGAGUUCUGUUCUACAUGAUGGCAAAGAGUUUCCCAAUCCAGAACAAUUUGAUCCUGGCCACUUCCUGGAUGAAAGUGGUAAUUUUAAGAAGAGCGACUACUUCAUACCCUUUUCAACAGGAAAAAGGGUAUGUGUUGGUGAAGGCUUGGCCCGUAUGGAGCUGUUUAUAUUUCUGUCUAGCAUUUUACAGAAUUUUACCUUGAAGCCUCUGGUUGAUCCAAAGGACAUUGACACCACCCCAGUUGUUAAUGGGGUAGUUUCUGUACCACCCUUCUAUAAGCUAUGCUUCAUUCCAUCCUAA